AUGGAUCCGUCGUCGCCUCGGCCGCGUCCGCACGUCGUGCUCGUCGUGAGCCCCUUCGCCGGCCACGUCACGCCCAUGGCCGAGCUGGCGCGGUUCCUUGUCGCGCACCACGGCUGCGCCGUCACGCUCGUCCCGCUCUCCUUGGACGCGCGCUCGGCCGCGGUGGUCGCGUCCCUUCAAGCGUCCUCGGCCUCCGUUGCCGUCGUCACGCUCCCGGAGGUCCAGCUCGAUGACCUCGCCGGCGCCGACGUCGGUCUCCGGAUCUUCGAGCACGCCCGCCGCUCGCUGCCGCACCUCCGGGACGUGCUGCGGUCCAUCGACGGCGUCGCGGCUCUCGUGCCGGACUUCUUCUGCGGCGCGGUGCUGGACCUCGCCGUGGAGCUCGGCAUCCCGGGCUACGUCUUUGUCCCGUCGAAUAUGGCGUGGCUGGCAGUCAUGCGCUGCUUGGUCGAGAUCCACGACGGCGCCGUCUCCGGCGAGUACCGUGACCUUCCUGACCCACUCCAUCUUGCUAGGGAUUUGACGAUCAGCGCCUCCGACAUUCCAGACGGGAUUGCCGACAAGUCCGAUCCAGUGUUUCGGAGGCAGAUCGACGAGGUGCGGCGGCACCGGCGAGCAGCAGAUGGAUUCUUGGUGAACAGUUUCGCCGACAUGGAGCUCGCCACCGUGGAAGACUUAAAACUGGCGGCGGAACAGGGCGCGUUCCCUCCGGUUUACCCUGUGGGGCCACUCCUCCGGUCAAGCUCCGACGAGCCCGGCGAAGCGGCCUGCUUGGAGUGGCUGGAUCGCCAGCCGUCAGGGUCGGUGGUGUACGUCUCCUUCGGGAGCGCCGGCAUGCUGAGCGUGGAACAGACGCGCGAGCUCGCCGCCGGGUUGGAGAUGAGCGGGCACAGGUUCCUCUGGGUCGUGCGCAUGCCAAACCUCCACGGCAUGUCCUACGACUUCGCGACCGACCACCGCAGCAGGGACGGCGACGAGGGUCCACUGUCGUGGCUCCCCGGCGGGUUCUUGGAGAGAACGAGAGGCCGUGGCCUCGCCGUCAUGUCGUGGACGCCGCAGGUGCGCGUGCUGUCGCACCCGGCGACGGCGGCCUUCGUGUCGCACUGCGGGUGGAACUCGACGAUGGAGAGCGUGUCCUCCGGCGUGCCGAUGAUCGCCUGGCCGCUGUACGCGGAGCAGAAGAUGAACGCGACCAUCCUGACAAAGGCGGUCGGGAUGGCGCUUCGCCCAGCGGCGGCGACGGCGGCGCGCGGCGGCGACGGGGUGGUGACGCGAGAGGCGGUCGCGACGGCAGUGAAGGAGCUCAUGGAUCAUGGCGAGGAGGGGAGCGCGGUGGCCCGCCGGGCCAGGGAACUGCAGGCGGCGGCGGCGCGGGCGCGGUCGCCGGACGGGGCGUCGCGCCGCGCGCUCGACGAGGUGGCCGGAAAGUGGAAGAGAGCCGCGCGGGAGAAAUGUUGA